AUCAGCUUCCGUUCACCUCGCAGGAAAGAUAUUUCAGGAAAUGCGUCACUGCCGAGCGGAUGCCCGCUUUCCAAGAUGGAGGGGGACGGCACUGACAAUAUGGAGAUGGGCGAGAGUAAAGGUGGAUCAGGUCUCCGCCAGUACUACUUAUCGAAAAUAGAAGAGUUACAGUUGACCGUGAACGAGAAGAGCCAGAAUCUCAGACGACUGCAAGCGCAGAGAAAUGAACUCAAUGCUAAAGUGCGUCUCCUCCGUGAGGAGCUGCAGUUGCUUCAGGAGCAAGGAUCCUACGUAGGAGAAGUGGUCAGGGUCAUGGACAAAAAGAAAGUUUUGGUCAAGGUGCACCCAGAAGGGAAAUUUGUGGUUGACGUGGAUAAGAACAUUGACAUCAAUGAUGUGACCCCCAACUGCCGCGUGGCUCUUCGCAACGACAGUUACACGCUGCACAAGAUCCUCCCCAACAAGGUGGACCCUCUGGUGUCCCUCAUGAUGGUGGAGAAGGUCCCCGACUCCACCUACGAGAUGAUCGGCGGGCUGGACAAGCAGAUCAAGGAGAUCAAGGAAGUCAUCGAACUUCCCGUCAAGCACCCGGAACUUUUUGAAGCUCUGGGCAUCGCGCAGCCCAAGGGUGUGCUGCUGUACGGACCUCCGGGGACGGGAAAGACCCUGCUCGCCAGAGCUGUGGCCCACCACACCGACUGCACCUUCAUCCGGGUGUCGGGGUCCGAGCUGGUGCAAAAGUUCAUUGGGGAAGGUGCUCGGAUGGUGCGCGAGCUGUUCGUCAUGGCCCGGGAGCACGCGCCCUCCAUCAUCUUCAUGGACGAAAUCGACUCCAUCGGCUCCUCUCGCCUGGAAGGGGGCUCGGGCGGCGACAGUGAGGUGCAGAGGACCAUGUUGGAGCUGCUCAACCAGCUGGACGGCUUCGAGGCCACCAAGAACAUCAAGGUCAUCAUGGCCACCAACCGUAUCGACAUCUUGGACUCGGCUCUCCUGCGGCCAGGAAGGAUCGACAGGAAGAUUGAAUUCCCUCCUCCGAACGAAGAGGCUCGUCUCGACAUCCUCAAGAUUCACUCCCGCAAGAUGAACCUGACGCGCGGCAUCAACCUGAGGAAGAUCGCCGAGCUCAUGCCCGGAGCGUCGGGCGCCGAGGUUAAGGGCGUGUGCACGGAGGCGGGCAUGUACGCCCUGCGAGAGAGGCGAGUACACGUCACCCAGGAAGACUUUGAGAUGGCUGUUGCAAAGGUGAUGCAGAAAGACAGCGAGAAGAACAUGUCCAUCAAGAAGCUGUGGAAGUAGCGCUCUCGUCUUUUGUGUUUGCGCACACAAUGCAGCCUCACGUGUAUAUUUUCCCGGUUUUGUUCAUGGUUCACUUUCUAAUUGUUGCAUUUGUCUUAGAAUAAAUAGAUUGCUCACACCCC